AAUACUGUAAUUCCCCGUAGUUCUAAAGUUAGCAAUAUUUUUCUGGGAUUUUUUACUAAAAUGGCGUAAAGCUUGAUCUUUGCUAAAUAGUAAAAGCUAAUACUUUGUUAUAAUACACACUGCAAUCAUGAAUCCUGAAGAAUUUGAUAUCGAAGAUAUACCUAACAUGAACAGUAAUGAGCUCAUGAGGCUAGUGCAAAACAUGGCAGAUGAAUCUGCUGGUCAGCUGUUUCAUAAUUUGCAGAUGAAUCCAGGUCUAAUGCCUCACAAUCAUGGUCACCCAGUUCAAGAAUCAAACAUGGGCCAUGUACAUCCUAACAUGUACCCUGGCGGUGCACAGAAUUACCCCACUGUACCGAGUUACCCACCACCCAACCACACACCACAGCCUCAAACACUCCCUACACACCACACGCCAGUACAAAAUGGUGUGCCUUGGGUGGAAAUUGUAGAGCAGCCAAAAUCCAGGGGUUUGAGGUUCAGAUAUGAAUGUGAAGGUCGUUCUGCAGGCAGUGUACCAGGAGAAAAUAGCACAAAUGACCACAGAACCUAUCCAACAAUAAAAAUACACAAUUAUAAUGGCCCAGCAAUUAUAGUAGUCUCUUGUGUAACAAAAGAAAACCCUCCACAUUGUAAGCCCCACCCACACGCCAUUGUUGGGAGGGACUGUAAAAAGGGGGUCUGUACAUUACGAGUCAAAGAUACCAGUGAAAAAAUAGUAUUUCCUCAAAUUGGAAUUCAGUGUGCGAAGAAGAAAGAUGUUGAAGCCUCCCUGAGGUUACGAAAAGAAAUUAAUGUAGAUCCAUAUCAAACCGGUUUUGAGCAUGCACAGACAAACAUAGAUCUCAAUGUAGUUCGCCUCUGCUUCCAAGUAUUUUUACCUAAUGAACAGGGUAAAGUGACAAGAGUGGUGCCCCCUGUCUGCUCACAUGCUAUUCAUGAUAAAAAAUCAUCUAAAGAUCUUGUCAUUUGUCGAGUCGACAAAAGUUCAGGCAAAGCCAGAGGUGGGGACGAAGUAUUCCUGCUCUGUGACAAGGUCAACAAAGAGGACAUCAAAAUCAGAUUUUUUGAAGAAAAUGAACAAGGAAACAUGGUCUGGGAGGAUUUUGGUGAUUUUGGUCAAGGAGAUGUACAUAGACAGUAUGCCAUUGUGUUCAGGACACCCCCAUAUCAUAACCUCGAAAUAACAAAACCAGUAGAAGUCUUCAUGCAGCUCCAGCGGCCAUCUGAUAUGGAGAGCAGUGAACCUAUACCCUUCACAUACAUGCCAGAGGACCCAGACCCAGACAGAAUAGCUGAAAAAAGAAAAAGGAAAGCACAGCGUUUCUUGGAAUAUUGGAAUAGUCCAAAUAAUGACUUUAGAAAAGGAGCAGGUAAUCCCAGUGUCAGAGGACGACUACACUCAAUGUUGAAAGGCACAAGACGAAUUAAAAAAGAACCUGAAGCAGGCAUGAACCAGUUCUCCAUGGACAACACUGGAGCUGCCGAAGGAGCCAGCGCAGCUGGAGCCAUUGGCGGGGCCGAUGCUACCAUGAGCCACGUCACUGCCGACAACUCCUCCAUGGGCAGUGUCACGGUGUCUUCCUUCUCUGCUGGCAGCUUGGACUCUAGCGUCAUAGCCGAGUUGUCUGGCCUGUCCAGCAGCGACCUCUCCAUUGUUUCUACGGAGAACGGCCAGCUGGUGAUCUCGGUGUCUGGGGAAGGGAGCGGCCUGAGUGUGGACAGUAUCAACCUGCCUUCCAACAUGCUCAGCGGUGAACUUAUGAAUCAGAUUGACAUCCAACAACUUAAUGCUUAUCUUCAAGACCAGGGCUCAGGGAAUGAAAUCCUGCUGGGUCAGUCCAACCCGACAGACCAGCUUCUCAUGGGCAAUAACCCCAACCAGCCCAUCCAUAUCAUGGACACUGAUCCAGAGACGGAGGCCGCCCUGCGUGGAUUGCAUGCUCAGAUAUGAUUGUCUUGGAUGGCUAGCGACGGCUGUGGUUGUUCCAGAGGAUAGAAGCUGCUCAAGUGGCUGGUGUUUGCUUGAUGAACUCAUGUGUGUUCAUACAAGCUAGCCUGCUGAAAAAAAGAUGGAUGCUUGCUAAAAAAAUUCUACUAGAUUUACUGAAAAAUUUCUUUUUUUUUUUUUGAGGGGGAAGACAGGACUAAUCAGUAGAGUUUAAUUGAUAGACUUCUUGAUUAGCUUUUGGGAAGGUUGUCCUAAAUUUCUGUCAAUCAUCUCUUAAAUGGCUGUGUUCAGAUCAGUAAACUAGUCUGAGGAAUAGCUUUGUUACUAAAAAUGUAAUGAAACUGCCAAAUGAUCCUUCUCAACCUGCUUAUGUUAUUCUUUUGCUUUCUCUGUUGUUCCCCAUAGAUUCUAGAUUCCAUGUGAUUGUUGUGAGUUUUACAAAUUGCCUUGAUCUGGAUAGAAUCACGAAUUGUGGCCUUUCAUCCGUGUACCUUGAGUGGAGGGCAUACACAUGUGGUCAGAGGGUCGUUCUUAUAUCACUCAAACUCUUUCACCUUGUCCUUUUCACUGCUUUUUAUUCUACUCUAAGAUUGAGAAGUUAAUCAUUUUUUGUUGUUUUAUUUGUAACAUACUUGUAAAUAGUGUUUAUGUGAUAUAUAUACAACAAAUGCUUUUUUUUUUUGUAAAAAAAAUUGUGUGUACCAGUUUUGUUAUGUUAUUCAUGUACAAGGUUUCUCUUUGUUGACUUUUGUUUUUGGCUGGACAUGUGCAUCACAAAAUGAUCUUCAGCAAAGUUGGAAUUUUGAAGCUUGCCUGAAUGAUAAAACUUACAGAAGUAUAAUUCUUAUGCUCAACACAUAUUAAACUGUAUACAUUUAAUUCCAUUUAGACAUAAUAAACUUUGUCCAUAGUUAGCAAGUGAAAUAUUUAGAGUAAAAAAAAAAUUCAGCCUUUCACUGUAAAACUUAAAAAAUGUAGGCAUGAAAUGAAUCUCAUUGAAUUCAGGGUUAUUGUAUAGCAAGAAACAACAGUGUAUGUGAAAGGUUAUAGCUUUAGUUAUGAAUGCACUUGCUUCUUUCAUUCACAAAGCAAUCAGCAUCUGCUAUACAGUGGUGAUUUCCUUACUGGCCAUUCCAUAUGUGUAUGCAUCCUGUUGCUGUGUGAUAGUUUGUGUGUGAUGAGUGAAUGAUUGUUCUAAACAUGUCACUUGGCAAACAUACCAGAUGUUUUUAUUUUCUUGACACUAAACCAAAUGGUUUAAAAUACGGAAACUUGUCAGUCUAUUGAAAAGCUAGUGUCAGAAGGAAAUAGGACAUCUGUUUUGUUGAACUACAGUAGUUUUUACUAAGUAACCAUUGCUUUAUUUGACAUGAAAUUUGUAACGCGUGAUGUAUACUGCAGUUAGAUUUGGAAACGUUUAUCACAUUUGUCUUAUGGCCUUAUUGACUUUGUCCAUUUUGUAGUAUGAUUAUAUGAAAAGCUUUUAUUUUUAAACAUUUAAAAUAAACAUUCAAUUCAAACAA